AUGAUGGCCAACGCGGCCGUCGCCUCCGCCUCCCCGAGCACCCAGGACUCUACGCGAUUGCAGCCAACGACUGCCGCACCGGAGACGGUGUGGAUGCGGGAGACUCAUCGCCAGAUCACUCAACGCUUUGCUCUCGAUUCACCGUCGAACCCCUUCGCCGCCGAAACCUCCCACACCCUCUCGACCCGCGCGCCCAUCGUCACCGACCGUAUAUUCGCCGGCACCAUUACGCAUGUCCGCCGCCUGCCAACCCUCGCACGAGACCUCUUGACGCACUUUGAGCAAGAAGUCCUGCCUCUUCUUCCCACCUGGUUCGGCCACGAGUCCUUCGAACCCAUGCCAAGCGACUACUACGACUCGCCCAACUUCGGCUCGAACGAGUACGACGCGCAGGCGUGGUUGUCAGCCGUCGUCGAUCGGCUCGCGCAGUUUGCGGCAGGCGGCGUGCUUGGCCUGCGGAUUCGGCGAGGCAGUCAAUACAACACGCCGCAGCAAGGCGCCUCGGACAUUUCGCUGUUUCUCCACGGCGACCCCUACGUGGAGAUUCCCCAGGAGGUGAAGCUGACCCAGGCGUUGACGGAGGUGCUUAUGCAAGCGAUGCUCAACCGCCUCGUUCUGCCGCAAAUGUUCGACAUGGCGCAAGAUCUUCCGACGCUGUGGCAGCUGGAGGUGUACAGUAAAGCGCCCGCGCGCUCGUCCGCGAAGCGCAACGUUCUCUCCCCGCCCAGCGGCCUCGACCCGUACCCUCGUCGAAGACCGCAAGCAGCAAGCGCCCCCGUUCCGCGAACAAGUGGUCGGCCGACGAACCCGUCGCAAAAGGCGAAGGAAGCGGCCAUCUUGGAGGACUUCUCCGCCCUCUCCUUCAGCAGCACGGCCAAGCCCCUGCCUGCGGAGCGCGCCAAGCCUGGUCAAAGAGCGCCGAUCAGUAUCGCCAAGAAACCCCAACGGAAGCAGCCGGCCCUGCAUCAGUGGCAAGGCUGGGGCUUCCACGAGUCGACGACGACGCCGGUGCCUUGGGACGCCAUGGACGACGAGAUGCGAGCGAUCACGCUAUUCACACAGCAGCUCAGCGUGCAGCUCGCCGUGCUCAAACAGCGCAACCAAUCCUCCUUCCAACCCCUCGUCUUCGGUACUCCCGACCAUAACCUCCCGAUGUUCCGCUUCGGCACGAACCUCCUGGUUUGCGACAUGGAGAAGGACCUCGCUCUCGUCGCUCGAAUGAAGGCCGUCUUCCUCAUCUACCUUCGCGUCGGCCGGCACAGCAAGCUGUCCGACCGCUUGCUCAGCAAGCAUGCCGAUCAGGCGGAGUACCUGCAGUUCUUCAAGGAUCUCGAUGUCGCCACUUUUGUCCGCAACCUCCACAACGGCUCUUCGUCGGCCGGCGCACCAGCAGCAGGGCCUCCGCUGGCGACCGAUCCUUCCGUCGACCCGGCCGAUUCUUCUGCGACUGCCUGUGCAGACGACUCGUCUUCCGCGUCUUCCGCCUCAUCUGACGUGGACGAGUCCUUCGAGUCGGAAACGACCGCGCUCACGGCUCUCGACGGGAACGACGAGACAUUGCCGAAGUUUGUCGACCUGCUCGAGACGUCGCCCGACUCGUCAUCGCACGACCUUGCCGGAUCGCACGAGACGCCCCACGACUCGUCAUCGCGCUACCUCGCCGAGUCGCUCAAGACCUCGCACGACAUCUCCCGCAGCCUCGUCGAGGCGCCGCUAGAGCCUACGCCCGAUCUGCUGGCGAGCCUCGAGCGAGCCGCCAAACUCACCCUCGAGUCGGGUCUCGAUGACCUCGGCGCGUUCUCAGGCUGCUACAAGCGCUCGUCUAGCGAGAAUAUCGAGGGCGAUGGCACUGCGGCACUCUACCUAUCACAGCAUCUCGGCAGCGGAUGGGGCGGGGAUGUGUACGGCGACUCCACCGGCCGCUUCGCCGUCAAGGUCGUCGCGCCGCGCCAUGAAGAGUCUCUCGACGAGUAUCGUGACCGUCUGGACGAAGGGGCGCGGGAACAUCAGGCCCUCGUCACGUUGCGAGGCAGGAGGCUUCAGUACGCGCCCAUGUACAUCGGUCUCUUCGGCGGCGCGAUCGACGACAUCGUGGUCCUGCUCCUCAUCUUCGAGUUCAUUCCGGGCGUGGUGUUGCAGACCUGGGGCGACGUGGCUCGACACCGGAGCGUGUGCGUUGCCGCGGUUGAGGCUCUCCACAACGACCAGAUUGAGCAUGGCGACCUUCGACCAGCAAACUUCAUCGUGAAGCCGAACGGCGCGGUCAAGAUCAUCGAUUGGGCACGCUCGCGAGUUGACGCCAGGCCGGAUGAACUGGCUCUCGAACGCGAGCAGUUUCUCUACAACAUCAAUGCUGCCGACUGCAACGCCGUCUAA